GCUGAGAAAAAACAUGGCAGACUCCGACGAAAAAUCUAGCAGAACACUUUUCGUGCGAAACCUUCCUUUUACCGCCACUAACGGCACGUUAGAGGAGAUCUUCAGCGACGCGGGGCCGAUCAAGGAAUGUUUCGUCGUCAGAGAGCCAGGUGUGACUGACAAAUGCAGAGGGUUUGGAUUCGUCACAUUUGCCCUGCGAGAGGAUGCAGUGAAGGCUCGAGCCCAGCCAGUAAUGGUCCAGGGGAGGAAGGUCCUUGUGUCGUUUGCAGACAAGAAACCCAAGAAGAGAAAAAAGGAGGAACAGACUGAACAGGAGGGAGAGGAUAAACAGACAUCCAGUCCAGAAGACAAGAAGAAGAGGCGAGUAGAACACAGCACAGCCGGCAGGGUUAUCGUCUUAAAGAACCUGCCGGCCAAGGUCAAGGAGGAGAAGAUACAGAAACUGGUCAGUAAGUAUGAGGGAGUAGAAGAGGUAACGUUCCCAGCCCCAGAUACAGACCAACCUUCCGCACUGGUCAGAUUCUCCUCCAACACUCUGGCCAGGAAGGCUCUACCUGCACUCGGGUCAUUAAAGGUUAAAAAGUCAGCACUCAAGGCUGUUCUACAGUCUAAGGACAACAAGACUCCAUCUAAGAAAUCUCUCAAGAAGUCCAGGAUCAUCGUCAGGAACUUGUCCUUCAAGUGUAGCAAGGAAGAUCUCAGGAAAACUUUUGAGCAGUAUGGAGAGAUCACAGAUGUUCACAUACCCACUGUACAAGGAGGGAAGAAGCGAGGUUUUGGGUUUGUCCAGUUCACCAGUGUGUUUGAGGCUGCCAAAGCCGUGGCAGAGAUGAACAGCAAACCUCUACACGGAAGGCCCGUUGCUGUGGACUAUGCUGUGGCAAAAAAUAGAUACGAGUCAGCAAAAACAGCUGCAGACAGACAGGAACCAGAGGAUGGAGACUCAGGUGAUGAUGACGAUGAUGAUGAUGAUGACAGUGGUACAGAGGAGGAAGAGGAGACAGGAGAAGAACAGGAGGAGGAUGGCAAUGAUGGUGAAGAAGAUGAGGAGGAGGAGGAGGAGGAGGAUAGUGAUGAUUUUUCUGAUGAUGAAGAUGAUGAAAAAGUAGACAAGAAAUCCAAGACCCCCAAGCCCUUCAGAGAAAGCACAGAUGUCCAGCAGGGCAAGACUGUUUUCAUCAGGAACCUUUCGUAUGACUCCCUGGAAGAGGAUGUGGAGGAACUGUUUCUGCAGUUUGGAGGCAUCAAAUACUGUAAACUGGUGAUGGACCCAAACACCGAGCACUCCAGGGGUACAGCGUUUGUUCAGUUUGACUCCAAAGAAGCAGCAGAGAAGUGUGUACAACAGGCAACCACCGAAGGUUUGAGCCUGGCCGGCCGCAGACUGACUGUCAGCAUCGCAGUGUCCAGACAACAGGCACAGAAACUGGCCGACGACAAGAAGGAGAAGAAACCAACCGACAAGAGAAACCUGUACCUGGCCAGGGAAGGCUUGAUCCGGCCAGGCACCCAGGCAGCUGCAGGCCUGACAGAAAAGGACCUUGCCAUGAGACAGAAGGUUGAGAAGAUCAAGCGAGAAAAGUUGAAGAAUCCGGCCAUCUUCGUGUCAGACGUUCGACUGUGUGUGCGGAACAUUCCACUCAACAUGGGGGACAAAGACCUGCGCAGGCUGUACCUAAAAACUCUGGGGGACAAAAAUGUCUACAUCACAGAGUCCAGAGUCAUGCGUGACCUGAAGAAUGUGAACAGUCAGGGUGUGGGGAAGUCUCGAGGCUACGGGUUCGUCACGUUCUCCCAACACGAGCACGCGCUACGGGCACUACGGGAAACCAACAACAACCCAAAACUUCUCCCAGAUGGAAGGAGGCUGAUUGUAGAGUUUUCUUUGGAGAACAAACUGGCCCUCAAGAAACAGGAGAUGAGACUAGCCAAGGCUAAAGCUGCACGGCAAGCUGCAGCAAAGGGCAGCAAAAAGCCAGAACCAGAGAGAAACGGCAGAAACAAACCUAACAUCAACAAACCGACUCAACCCACGGCAGAAAACAGCGGGCAGCCGACCCUGAGCAGGAAACAGAAGAGGAAACUGAGACAGCAGCAGCGGAGGGAGAAAAUCCAGCAGGAGAAACUGGAAGGACUCGGAGGUUUGGACGUGUCCAAUCUGCAGAGUGGGGUGAAGGCAGUUAGGGGAACAAAGGGACUCCCCUCACACUCAGGGCCAAAGGUGAGACAGAGGGACCGUGGUAAGGUUGUGCAGCAGACUGUGAAGAAGCCGAGACCUAAGAGUGGCCUGAACAAGACAAAACAACAACCACUACAGCAGGGCAGAGUAGGAGGAGGACAGACCCCUCCCCAGCAGUCCAGACGUUCCAACAAGACUGAGCGGAAGGAAGAGGCGAAGUUUGACCUCCUGGUGGACAGGUACAAGCAGAAACUGUUCGGCAAGGAUUCGGGAAGUCAGAUGAAGAAAUCCAAAUGGUUCAACGGAUAAUCUUAGAUCUCAAUCUUAAUCCUAAUCUUGAAGACACAACUGGUUGGGAAGGAUUCUGGAUCCGGAAGUCAGAUUAAGAAAUCCAAAUGGUUCAACGGCUAAUCUUACAUCUUAGUCUUAAUCCUAAUUUUAGAGACACGGGAAAAACUGGUCGGGGAGGAUUCUGGAAGUUCAAAAUGGUUCAACGGCUAAUCCUCAACAUCUCAAUCUUAAUUUUAAUCUUAAGUAAAGAAACAUAAUCUUAAGUUUAAGAUUAUUAUCUCAAAAACACAGGGAGAUGCUGUUUUGAGAAGGACUUGAAUAAAGAUGUAGAAGUCUAAAUAUGCAAUUACAGAGAACCAUGUACAUGUAGGAGUCAAUCCCCGUGUACAUGAAUGUGAGUUUAUCAAACCUUACCAAUCAUAUAAACUUGGUGUGUUAUGCCUUAAGUCAGUUCACCUGUUAUGCAACAAGGACAAACAAAUUUGUUUCUUAACUUCUCCCGUCUUGAGCCCUUCUUUUCUUCUGUAGCGACACUUGCAUGUUCUUGAGUCUUUUGUAAGAAACAAGAGACUAGCAGCUAAGAUAUCUUAAAGGUUAACAGGUUUGGUUGCCCCUAGACACAAACUAACGUGUUGGAAUAAUAAUACUGGCUUCGUAUGCGGACAGUCAUUCCUAGAAACCUAAAGUCGGCGGGAGUGCGAUUUUCCUUAUUUGGCUAAAACUUCCAGCCAGCCUGCUCGCUAAAGGACUGUCUCCGCCUUGGAGUUGAUCUCGUUUUGUCACGCGAGAAUUAGAGGGAUUUUGUCGCAAGGCUCGGUGUAAAUCCCUAACCUAUCGGGGAGGCUGUAGGGAGUAGGAAACGGACAACCUUGAACUUUAUUUCUUCCCAAGGACCGGAACAAACAAAGGAAUAUACAUGCAGCAAUGUAACACAAAGUUAACAUGUAUUAUGUAUUGAAACAUAGGAAACGAUGUCAGGCACAGUAAACAGCACAUUGAACCUUUAGGCUUAGUAGCGUGUAAAUAUCAAUAUAUGAAACAAGAAUCGCAAUAACAGCUGUGAGAUAUGAAACAAACCUGUAGACCACGUAUUUUGUAGGAAUGGCAUAUAAAUGUUGCUCUACCUAAUUGAAGGUGAAAAUGGGGAGGGGGGGG